UUUUUUCUUUUUCUUCUACUUGUUACUAAAGCCAAGAAGCUGAACUUACUACAACAGAGCCAGUCCCCCUCAUCACUCCGUGGUCUCUCACUCCCAUUUCCUUUAAUCUCGGCCGUUGAUCUCUCCCAUCCAUGACCCUUAUGUCCUUUAAGCCUAGGGUUUCCACCAUCAAUCUCACCCCAAUCUCCGCCACCACCACCAUCAUCGCCGUCCAUGUCGUCGAUGGCCAAGAUCACUCGCACUAGUCAACAGAUCAACGGCCAUAUUUUGCCCCACCCUUGUCCCCACCUGGCCGAGUUCCGGGCCAAGAACGGCUCCAAGCCCUUCCGAGCAUUACAGGACUGUCUCCGAGUCAAGCCGCCGAGUGGCCGAGCUUCCAUCCGCCGCGAUCCCAAGGAGUUACCGCGCUGCGGCGCUUGCGGCGAGUCCGCUUGUCCGAGGCUCUACGCCUGCAUCGCGUGCGCCGCUGUGCACUGUCACGUGCCUUCCGGACACUCCCAUGCGGCUGCUCACGCCUAUUUGAUGCCUCCGGGUCACGAGAUCGCCGUCGACGUGGAUCGAGCCGAGCUCUUCUGCUGCGCCUGCAGAGACCAAGUCUAUGACCGCGACUUCGACGCUGCAGUUGUCCUGGCUCAGACCGCUGCGUCGACCCUGACCUCCUCGGACACGUCAGCGAUCCAACAGUACGCGCCGGAGAAUCUCCGGAAACGACGCCGUAUCGAUUACAAGCCGUGGAUACCGGAUCUGAGAGAGAAAUACUUGGUGGGGAAGAAUUCGAGUCCCUUGAACGGCGACGUCUCGGAUUUGCCUUGGGGAUUGCGCGGGCUCAACAAUUUGGGAAACACGUGUUUUAUGAACUCGGUUCUUCAGGCAUUGCUCCAUACGCCGCCGUUGCGGAACUACUUCCUCAGCGAUCGGCACAACCGCUACUUUUGCCAGAAGAAGAGCAAUGCCGAUAAUACCAGUAAGAAAACUGCCGCCAAUAAUAAUGAAAGUGGCGGGAACAAGAGUGCUGCGCGCAUGUGCUUGGCUUGCGACAUGGACGCCGCAUUCUCGGCCGUUUUUUCAGGGGAUCGGACGCCCUAUAGCCCUGCAAAGUUCUUGUACAGUUGGUGGCAGUACGCGGCGAAUCUGGCAAGUUAUGAACAGCAGGAUGCGCAUGAGUUCUUCAUUUCUAUGCUUGAUGGGAUUCAUGAAAAGGUGGAUAAGGAUCCGCGGAAACCUGAGAGCCAAGGCAAUGGAGAUUGUUGUGUUGCUCAUAGAGUUUUUUCUGGUAUCUUGCGAUCUGAUGUUAUGUGCAUGGCCUGUGGUUUUACGUCUACAACAUAUGACCCAUGUGUGGACAUCUCACUGGAUUUGGAACCUAACCAAGGAGGUUCUGCAAAGACAAUGUCCACGAAGUCAAGUUAUUCUUGCAACGGCGAGGCAGAUUGCAUGAAUUCCAGCCAAAACUAUGGGGUAUCUACCCUUAUGGGAUGCUUGGACCGUUUUACACGACCUGAGAGAUUGGGCUCUGACCAGAAAUUUUUUUGCCAGCAGUGUCAGGUGAGGCAGGAGUCUCUCAAGCAAAUGUCAAUAAGAAAGCUUCCCUUGGUUUCUUGCUUCCAUAUAAAACGAUUUGAGCAUUCUUCAGUGAGGAAGAUGUCAAGGAAGGUUGACCGCUAUUUGCAGUUCCCAUUUUCGCUAGACAUGGCACCUUAUCUGUCAUCUUCCAUCUUGAGGAGUAGAUUUGGAAAUAGGAUUUUGCCAUUUGGAGGGAAUGACCCAGAUGCUUCAAACGAAUUAUGCUCAGAGUUUGAAUUGUUUGCUGUGGUCACUCACACAGGCAAGCUAGAUGCAGGCCAUUAUGUAACUUACUUGCGAUUAAGUAAUCAGUGGUACAAGUGCGACGAUGCUUGGAUCACACAAGUUAACGAGAAUAUUGUGAGGGCAGCACAAGGCUACAUGAUGUUUUAUGUACAGAAAAUGCUAUUUUACAAGGCAAGCGAGAAACGGGGUCCUGCAUGAUACGCUGGUGAGAGUAGUGAUGAAAUUUUGCUGCUUGAGACGAAAGAUGGAAAAGAAAGAAAAAAAAAAGGACAAAUAUUGAAAUGGAAUUCAUGGCCAGUGCCAGUCUUGUUUGCCGAGAAAACAAAUUUGAAGGAAUUGCUUUUGGCGCUGGUUAAAAAGAGGUGAGUAGCUCUCUGUGUGCUUAGAGCUCACGGAGGACGCCUCCCAUCCCAGUGGUUGGUAAGUGGUAUUCCUGAUUCUCAGAUGGGGCAUAGUGAGCCUGAAUUUUUGGGGCAGUCUUGCAUUUGGGAAAUAUGAUCUAUGAUAGAUAUUGGACCCAUUCAAGUAUUUGUGAAGGUUGAUUCUAUAUAUUAGAAGGGAAGGCACCAGUCUCUUUAUUUGAAUCAUA